CAGUUUUGUGUUCAUUAAGGACUUCAGGAUCGACAACAAUGACUCUACAAUUUAGGAGAUCAGGAUCGCUUUCGAGAAUCUUUAAGACCACCUUGAUUUUUUCCAUAGGAAGAAUCAUCAACGACGUAUGGCUUGUUGCAUUAAUGAGCAUCCUAGUGAAACUUGCUUUAUAUCUUCACAUACAGACCCACGUACUUAGAGGACUAGCUGGCAUCUUAAAACCCCUAAUUUGUGCAACAGCAUUGAUGGACUUUGGAUUAUGACCAUUACUUUGGCCACUUUCCAUCAGUUUUGUUCUUUGUACUGUGUACUAGCUUAACCAAUGUGAGUUGGUCCUAAGGUCAUCCUCACAAUACUUUUUAAGAUUUUCUUGCAUCCUUUAGCACUUAUAAAGAUCCUUUGAAUUGAUAACAUCAUGAGAAUGUUUGUGAUUGUAUUACUUGAAAACUUGUUAAGAGGGGUUUAUUGGUCUAAGGCAUUUGAAACUUUCUGUUAUUUCAGUUGCCACUAUAUUGAGAUAGAAGAGGUUUGCAUUGGUUGUAGCAAUGUGCAUCCUAUCUGUUGGAGCAGUGAUUUUGCAACUUGCUUUAUAUCUUCGCAUAGAGAUCUUUGUUUUCCCUCAUUCUUUCCUCGCUUGAAAAUAGAAUUGACUAUAGCAUAUCAUUUAAUAGAAUAAGUAACAGAUUUAAAUAACAAAUUUUGUCCUAGAUACUACAUUCUAUUAGCAUGUUAUAAUAUAUCCCUCCUACUAAUGGAAGCAGUUCCUUCAAGGGUUAUCCCAGGACUGUAUCACUUAUACUGCUUAACUCUACUUUUUCUGACAUUUCCAAACCCAUGUACUUAAAGGACUAGCUGGCAUUUCAAAGCUCCUAAUUUUACAACAGCAUUAAUAACCCCACCCAUGAAUUAGACUACCCAAAAAAAGUAAACGUACAAAAUUACAAUUAACUGCUUUCUUUGUUUUCCCAGAUUCUUCUCCUUCCCAGACAGGUUGAUUGAUGCAUUAGGAAGGUACACCCAUCACCCAUGGUUGGAGCUUGAUUCUUGAUUCUGCCAAUGCAGGAUUUUUCCAAGAGAGUCAUUUUAAUAAUACCCUAACAAAUUUCGCAUUCGGUGUAGUCCUAUUUCAUCACAUCUGAAUGUUUUUUUAAUCUCAGGUCAACUUCGAAUUAUGCAUCUGCCUAUGACAACAAUGCUUGAUUUUUCUCAAUGGGAUGGAUGCCUUCAUGCCUCAGGUAAUAUAUGCCAGUUCCAUUU